GAGUCAUAUACCCUAAUCCACUGUAAGGCUCAGCUUCAUCACAGCCACUGAAAAUGGCCGGAGUGAACAAAUGUUUGAAGUACUCUAUGUUCGUAUUUAACUUUUUAUUCUGGGUAUGUGGUUGUGUUAUUUUGGGAGUCUCCAUAUGGCUUCGUGUCAGUUCAGAUGCUCAGCAAAAAUUUAAUAUUCAAGGAAGUGGUCUGCUCUCAGCAAUUGAUGUUAUGAUAGCAGUAGGAUCCAUAAUUAUGGUGCUUGGAUUUUUUGGAUGCUGUGGUGCUAUAAGGGAAAGUCGUUGCCUUCUUCUUCUGUUCUUCAUUGGAUUAUUUUUGAUCCUGGCACUUCAAAUAACAGCAGGAAUUUUGGGGGUAGUAUAUAAACCACAGUUGGAAGCGAAAAUUAACCAAACUUUGCACGAACUUAUACCAUUAAAUCAGCAAUCUGAAGACUUAAAACAAGCAUUAGAAAAAAUCCAAGAAGAGAGCAAGUGCUGUGGUAUUGUUAAUGGCUUUACCGACUGGGGAAAUACUAUUCCAAAUUCAUGUAAAUGCCCUCCAACAAACACAUGUGCUUCUGCAAUCUAUAAGGAAACAUGUUCUUCAGUAUUGGUUGACUACUACCAAAAAAAUCUUAUAAUCAUAAUUGGAAUUGCGUUUGGGCUGGCCGCAGUGGAGCUCUUUGGCCUUGGUUUUUCCAUGACCUUGUAUUGUCAAAUAGGGAAGAAAUAAGGAGUCCUGGAUUACAUCAAUUAAUACAAGGCACUGGUUCACCUCAAUGUGCAGCAAUUGCUCUAGGCACAAUCACUUCUUUUUCUCCCCAUAGCUGUUUAAUGUAAUAUACAAUAAAGUGGAUAUAUACAGUCUAAUGUAAUGCAAUAUCUUUUCAGUAGACAGUCACUAUACACUCUAUCUGUGCAGAUGCAAUAAUUUCUAGACAUCGAUUCAUGUAGCGCAGUUUGUUUUAUUUUAUAACAUUUCUUGCCCCUAUGAUUUCUUUAUUGUAAUAAGUAAUACAUUUUUUAAAGACUAUAAACACCUUCAGGUGCAUUUUUUAUGAUUGCAUUUUACUCAUAAUGGGCUAAAAAACUAUUUUUUCAAUGAAAAAAGUUUCAGUUUCUUACUUUCAGUUUCACACUGAGCCGUUCUGAUGGCUGGACGUAUCUUUGAACUCCUGACAGUUCAUAAGCACUCAUUUAAAUCAUAUUCUUAUCAGUUUGAUAAGAAUGUAUCUAUAUUGAGUGUUUAUGAGCUGUCAGGAGUUCAGAGAUAAGGCUAUACGUCCAGCCGUCAGAACAGCAGCAUGAUGACUUAGUAUGAAACUAAAAGUAAGAUACUCAACGCUGUAGGACAAAAGCUGUUGAAAUUUUAAAAUAAAGACCAAUAAAAAAGUUUUAGACCCAAAUGAGUAGAAUGCAAUUAUAAAAAAUGCCCCUGAAGGUGUUCAUAACCUUUAAGUAGAACAACCUAGAAAACUUGAAUCCAUAAUAUUUUUAUGUUCUUGAAGUUCAGUUGUGUAUAUAUUUUUUUUAGAUUGUGUUUAUUGGCUUAUUAUGACAUUACUAACCCAUUAUCAGUUUUUUUUUUUAAAUAAAUGAAUUACUUCUUUUGGUGCUUGCAUGCAAUGCUUUAUAUACAUUAUAUUUCUGAUAUAAAUGGUUAUGUAUAAACUACUGAAAUGUAUGCAGUCUAAUUAAAAGGCCUUACUUUUUAUAUCCAAUGUUUUAAUGUAAUUGAAAGAUAUACUGUAACUAAACAAAUAAAUGAGAACCAUGACAAUUGUUUCCUAUAAAAAUCUUGUGGCUUCAUAUGGGUUGCCUA